GCCGAAACGGCGGCGGCGGCGGCGCUGGCAGUCCUCUCCGGCGGGAGUUCGCCGCCCGCACCGGGCCAGCCAGCGAGCCCGGCGGCGGCGGCGGCGGCGGCAGCAGCGGCGGUGUAGGUGUUUGGCGAUCCGCCGAGCAGUUCUUGGCCCCAGGAGCAUCCCUCGGGGCCGAAUGCGCAGUGGACGAUGCCCCUUCUGACCCAACAGAUCCAAGACGAGGAUGAUCAGUACAGCCUUGUGGCCAGCCUUGACAACGUUAGGAAUCUCUCCACUAUCUUGAAAGCUAUUCAUUUCCGAGAACAUGCCACGUGUUUCGCAACUAAAAAUGGUAUCAAAGUAACAGUGGAAAAUGCAAAGUGUGUGCAAGCAAAUGCUUUUAUUCAGGCUGGAAUAUUUCAGGAGUUUAAAGUUCAGGAAGAGUCUGUUACUUUUCGAAUUAAUUUAACUGUCCUUUUAGACUGUUUAUCUAUUUUUGGAUCAAGUCCUAUGCCAGGGACUUUAACUGCACUUCGGAUGUGUUACCAAGGUUAUGGUUACCCUUUGAUGCUGUUCCUGGAAGAAGGAGGAGUGGUGACAGUCUGCAAAAUCAAUACACAGGAACCUGAAGAGACCCUGGACUUUGAUUUCUGCAGCACCAAUGUUAUUAAUAAAAUUAUUCUGCAGUCAGAGGGGCUCCGUGAAGCAUUUUCUGAAUUGGAUAUGACGAGUGAAGUCCUACAAAUUACCAUGUCUCCUGACAAGCCUUAUUUCAGGUUAUCUACUUUUGGAAAUGCCGGAAGUUCCCACCUUGACUAUCCCAAAGAUUCUGAUUUGAUGGAAGCAUUUCAUUGUAAUCAGACCCAAGUCAACAGAUACAAGAUUUCCUUACUGAAACCCUCUACAAAGGCAUUAGUCCUAUCUUGUAAGGUAUCUAUUCGGACAGAUAACAGAGGCUUCCUUUCAUUACAGUAUAUGAUUAGAAAUGAAGAUGGACAAAUAUGUUUUGUGGAAUAUUACUGCUGCCCUGAUGAAGAAGUUCCUGAAUCUGAAUCUUGAGUAUGACAAUUCACUGAUAUUUAUGUGUACAUUUAUGAUAGAUGAAGUUCUUGCUCUGAGUACAGUACUGUUUGUAAUUUCAUAUUGGAUUUUCUAUAGAGAAGCACAAUGGGGAAGAUAGGAGCAAGGUCGUGUACCCUAAUAGUUACUAUGUUUUGUAAAUACAUUUUGUAGAGGGCAUGUAAAUAAAUGUUUUCCUGUAGUCAUAGAUUAUUCAGGACUGUCCUUUAGUUCUGUCUUUUGAACUCAUGGGAGUAAUUGUGAGUCAACGUAACAUUUCAAGAGUCUAAAGGCGGCUGGGCGCGGUGGCUUAAGCCUUUAAUCCCAGCACUUUGGGAGGCCGAGGUGGGCGGAUCAUCUGAGGUCAGGAGUUCGAGACCAGCCUGACCAACAUGGAGAAACCCCAUCUCUACUAAAAAUACAAAAAAUUAGCCGGACAUGGUGGCACAUGCCUGUAAUCCCAGCUACUUGGGAGGCUGAGGCAGGAGAAUUGCUUGAACUUGGGAGGCGGAGGUUGUGGUAAGCUGAGAGGAUGCCAUUGCACUCCAGCCUGGGCAGCAAGAGCAAAACUCUGCCUCAAAAAAAAAAGAGUCUAAAGGCUUAAAGUUUGAUGCAGCUACCUGAAAUAUUCUUUUAUUUAUUUACUAUUAGAAAAAGCAAAGGCAUAUGGGCAUUGCUUAUUAGUUUGAAUUCUAGAGACUAGAUCUUAAAGUAGUGGUUCUCAAAGUGUUGUGCCGGCAGCAACAUCAGAAUGGCCUGCAAACUUGUAGCAAACUCUGGGGAGAAGGCCAGCAUUCCGUAUUUUAACAAGCUUCCCUCAGGAGAUUCUGAUGCCUGCUAAAUUUUGGGAACCACUGUUUUAAAGGAAACUUUUUUUUUCUUUAAUAGCAUUUAAUUGUAUUGAGAUGAUUGGUUUUACAUGUGAUUUCCUUGCAAAUGUUCUCAAGUUGAGGCAUCACCAAACAAGUCUGAACAAUUCUUUAUGUGAUUUAUUUUUAAAGUAGACCUUUUGAAGAGAUCUAUGAAUGGGAUAUAAAGCCAUUUUCAGUGUUACAGGUUUUCUUCUUGUUCUCAAAACUGUUCACUGUAGUAAGUAACUGCAAUCAGUACUUAUUACUUUCCAUUUGCUUAUGAGUUUCUUGACAAAUCAAGGUGUAGAAAACCAGUUAUUAAGUGAUUUUGUACUUUCCUAGUAGUUGUCACUAAAAUAAUUUUUGUGGCAUAUAAAUAUAUUUAAUAAAAUACAAUACUAAAAUUAUCUGACUUACUGUCUAGUAGAAAAAAUUACAUGAGUAAAGUGAAGCUUCUGUCUUUGUUACCGUACCAGGUGACAACAGCUCAGUGUCCCUCCAUGGACAGUCACUAUUGGCCUUUUGAGUGAGACGGUUCUUUAGGAUAAAAAACUGUCAUCCCAUUGCAGGAUUCAUUUAGCCUUUCUCGCCCUUACCCACUGAUGCUAGUCAUUGUGACCACCACCUCCCCCAAAUAAAAGUAUGCCAAACUAUUCAUUGUUGAGAACCAUUCAAUUGUAUUCACCAAAAUUGGAGGAUAUAUUGGAAUGCCCUACCUUAAUAUAGGUCACAUAGAGUUAGAGAAAAUUGGUUUGGAGAGUAUUACAGCAAAGUGUGCUACAAGGAGGCUACUCCAGCACAAUGGCAGGCACUGCUUCCCAGGCAUAUGGACAAUUCUGGGAGGUGACCAGGGUCAGUACCUGAUAACUAGUAAGUGUCUCAAUCUCAGCAUGCCUAGUGACUACAAAAGAAGUUGGAAUUUUCUGAAGUGUAUGUAUUCAAGAAGGAAACAAAUGAAUUUACUAAAUGUUGUCAGAAUAUUUUUUGUUUAGAUAAACACCAAGAACAGAACAAACCUAGAAGAUACUUAGGAAAAUAUCUAAUCAGUCAACAUUCUAAGGACUGUUAAAAGUGAAAUAGGAUAGUUAUUUUUUGUCUUUUGUUACUAGUGUGAACAAAGAACAGUGCCUAAUAUAUAAUGGGCAUUUAGUAACUUUGUUAGAUGAAAGACUCUCCAAUUUCAGAUUUUCUUUUAGCAUCUUAUUAGUCACUACUUAAUUCUGAUGAUUUAGCUCUAAAUUUGUUUUGAUCUAAGGUUUUUUAUUUUUAUUUUUGGAGACAAGAUCUUGCUCUGUUGCCCAGGCUGGAGUACAGUUGUAGAAUCAGUUCACUGCAGCCUCAAUCUCCUAGGCUCAAGCAAUCAUCCCAUCUCAGCUUCCCAAAUAGCUAGGACUACAGGUGCAUGCCUCCAUGCCCUGCUAAUUUUUGUAUUUUUUGUAGAGAUGGGGUUUUACUAUGUUGCCUAGGCUAGUCUUGAACUCCUGAGCUCAAGCAAUCCAUCCGCCUCGGCCUCCCAAACGGCUGAGAUUACAGGCGUGAGCUACCACGCCUGGCCUAAUGUAUCUGUUAAAAGUUGAAUCUAAAAAGAAUUUAAAACAAAUAUAAAUCAGCUCAGUAAGGAUGGAUAUUUUUGCACAUUUAAAACUAUUAUUUUAGGCCGGGAUGGUGGCUCACACCUGUAAUCCCAGCACUUUGGGAAGCUGAGGCGGGUGGAUCAUCUGAGGUCAGGAGUUCGAGAUCAGCCUGGCCAACAUGGUGAAACCCCCACCUCUACUAAAAAUACAAAAACUAGUUGGGUGUGGUGGUGGGUGUCUGUAAUCCCAGCUACUUGAGAGGCUGAGGCAAGAGAAUCACUUGAACCCAGGAGGCGGGGGUUGCAGUGAGCCAAGAUUGUGCCAUUGCACUCCAGCCUGGGUGACAGAGCAAGACUCCGUCUCAAAAACAAUAAAAAAUUAAAAUAAAAUAAAAAUUAUUGUUUUAGCUGCAUGUCUUCAGCUGUUUAGAAUUCAGAGACUAAUGAAUUGUUUCUAAGUCACCCUAACAUCAAGGUACUUAUUUUAUAAAGAAUUUCCUCCUUGUGUGUGUUCUAUUUGACCCACAAAUUUUUACUUUAAGUUUAACUUUAUUUCCUAUGGAAAAUCACUAGGGGGAGUGCUCCCUCAGGCAGAGCAGGCGACACUUUGGUGCCACUACAAAUUGAUAUGUAGUAUAUAGAAGAAUACAGUCUUUUUGAAAUUUAUCUCUCUAGUAAAAUGGUGCUUACUGUGAAUGGAUAAUCUUUUCAUUUUUCAUUUGUUGAUUUCCCAUUCGAUGAUGUAGUGCUUCCACCUAGAAUUGAUGAAAUGCUUCAAAAUAAUAAAAGUAUUUGUUAAAUUCCACUUUUCUAAUAAAAAUAAGGCAUGUAACACAGUCAUUUUAACAGGAAGCCACAGGGUUUCUGUGGUGUUAUCAAAGUCCUAGUAAAAAUUAGUUAAAAUUGCUAAAAGGGCAGAAUGUGGCACUCUCAACAGUUUGGGGUAGGGAAUCAUUCAGAACAUAGAGACUUCCUUCUUUCCUUCCCUGUCUUCACACUGCUUGUCCCUUAUCCCCACCUGAAAUAAAAUGUAUUGGGUCCUGAGAA